AUAUGGUGACAUGGUGCCAAAGACAAUAGCUGGCAAGAUUUUUGGUUCAAUAUGCUCCCUGAGUGGGGUCUUGGUCAUUGCUCUUCCAGUUCCUGUAAUUGUCUCCAACUUCAGCCGUAUCUACCACCAGAAUCAACGAGCAGACAAGCGCAGGGCACAAAAGAAAGCCAGACUUGCUCGAAUUCGUGCGGCAAAGAGUGGGAGUGCUAAUGCCUACAUGCAGAGCAAACGAAAUGGCUUACUGAGUAACCAGCUGCAGCAGUCCUCCAGUGAAGAAGAACAGGCCUUUGUUAGCAAAUCUGGCUCUUCCUUUGAAACACAGCACCACCACCUGCUUCACUGCCUGGAAAAAACUACGAACCACGAGUUCGUGGAUGAGCAAGUCUAUGAAGAGAGCUGUAUGGAGGUUUCUACAGUCAACAGACCCCCAAGCCACAGCCCCUCUCUCUCAUCUCAACAAGGUGUUACCAGCACUUGCUGCUCGCGAAGACACAAAAAGACUUACCACAUUCCAAACACGAACAUCAGUGGCAGCCGCCCAGGCAGCGUACAAGAGCUCAGCACCAUCCAGAUCAGAUGUGUGGAGAGGACGCCUCUUUCUAACAGCCGUUCCAGCUUAAAUGCCAAAGUGGAAGAGUGUGUUAAAUUAAACUGUGAGCAGCCUUACGUCACUACAGCAAUAAUUAGCAUCCCAACACCUCCAGUCACCACACCGGAAGGAGAUGAUAGGCCAGAGUCUCCCGAGUAUUCGGGAGGAAACAUUGUCAGAGUAUCUGCUUUAUAAAAGAAGGAGCUAUUUCUAAACUAGCAUAAAGACCACUUGCAAGCUGAGCUCAAGCAGUGAGGAAUGAGAAAGCUGACAAAGACAACGCCCCUUGAUGUGUGCCAGCAGCCACAGAGCAAGAGAUCUGGGAGAAACACAACACACUGUGGGUUUCGGUGUCAUAGCGUGAGAACC